AUGGCGGUGCUACUCCGCCGCGCCGCGGCCGCCGCAGCGGCGGUCCUCGUCGUCGCGGCCGUCUGCGCGGACGGCGCCUCCACGUUCUACUCCUCCGACCCCAACCUCGGAUCCGCGCGCGUCGUCUUCCAGACGAAUUAUGGUGAUAUCGAGUUUGGCUUCUUUCCUCGUGUUGCACCUAAGACUGUCGAACACAUUUUCAAACUUGUGCGGCUUGGAUGCUACAACACAAAUCACUUCUUCCGGGUUGACAAGGGUUUCGUUGCACAAGUUGCUGAUGUUAUGUCAGGUCGAACUGCCCCUAUGAAUGCGGAGCAGAAAAAGGAAGCAGAGAAAACAAUUGUUGGUGAAUUUAGUAGUGUCAAGCAUGUCAGGGGAAUCCUCUCCAUGGGAAGGCAUUCUGAUCCAGACAGUGCUGGCUCUUCCUUUUCUAUCCUUCUGGGCGAUUCACCGCACCUUGAUGGCCAGUAUGCUGUAUUCGGGAGGGUCACUAAAGGUGACGAUACAUUGAGUAAACUAGAGAGGCUUCCAACCCGGAGAGAAGGCAUUUUUGUAAUGCCAAUCGAGCGUAUCGACAUUCUAUCAACUUACUAUUAUGAUAUUGAUGUAGAGAGCUGUGAAGCAGAAAAAUCUAUUCUUCGGAGGAGACUUUCUGAAUCAGCAUCAGAAGUUGAGCGAUGGAGAAGAAAAUGCUUUGCUUAA